CCCAAUCUCUAAUCUGACACGGGCAUUAGAGUAAACAAUUUCGCGCGCAGCACCGACAGCCAAUUGGAGGAGUCAUAUGAACUAGUCAAACGCGUCAACAAGAAUCGUGCUUGUCUCUUACGAGUCAUUCGUUCGUCGUUGUUGUGAUGUUAUAAAUGUACAGAAUCAAACGGAUUUUAAUUUGGUUAAUUUCCGACAGAGAGAGACGAUACAGCAUUGUGAUUCUGGCAGCAAAUAAUUUGAUAAAAGACAAACGAUCUUUUGUUAAUUAUUUAAAGUCAAGACGUAAAGAAGUCUAAAAUAGGCACGUAAAUAAGUUUAACAUCGUAAUAUUUGUAUAUUACGAUGCAAAUAUUAAGGAGCAUCAUUUUCACAACUUUAUUAGUUUCUGUGACUGCAUACGUGCUAGCAAAGAAAAAUGAGAAUUACAAAAUAUGGAAUAAAAAUAAUGAAUAUAUAGAAUAUAAUGGAAAGCACAAAAAUUACACUGAAAGCAACAAAUCAAGAGUUUAUAUAAAAGACACUGUAAUAAGACGAUCUCAUUACGCAGAUCCCUUGCAUCUAUCAAUGGACGGGGGCACUUGGCAAUUAAUCUUUUUGAUAAUAAUAAGCAUGUUGAUAUUCUCAUAUUUGCCAAUUUAUCUCAAAAUAAGGACGAAAUUUUGGUCUGUUUUUAUAAACUGGUUUUUCGUUAUUUCGAAGGAUUAUUUCUCUUUCUGUAGACCCUUAAUUGCGAUUGUGACUCGCAAUUCAAGAGACAAUAUGUAUCAAGAAGUGUAUCAAACAUAUAAUCUGCCAGUGGGAUUCGUUUAAAUAAAGCGUUUUAGAUUAUUACAAUGCUAUUGUAAGCUAAUACAAAGUGUCACGUAUGAUACCUAUUACUAAAGAUAUUAACUUUGUCAACUUCGUGCAAUAUCAAAGAUUUUAAUGUGAUACAAGUAAAAUAUAA